AUGACUGAAAAGCAAAGUUCUGGGGAUCCCUUACCGCGUCUGAAGGGAAACAUGGAGCAGGUUGUCCCGCUGAAGGGACCUUCUAAGCCUCCCACACACAAUGCUGGCCCGUCUAGAGUCAGUGCCCUAUCUGACCAUUCUGGGAAAACAGAGCAACCUGCUGUUCAACCAAAGAAAAAGUCUGUAUAUGUGGCUCAUCAUGAGCAACGAAAUUCUCGGGGUCGAAGUAGGGGCCGUUCCAGGUCCAACAGACGCCCGUCUGAUGCUGGGAUCGCCUUAGUCCCUCCAAGUGACCGAUCUCAUCGAAGUCGAAGCAAAGGGGCAGCAUCUUCCAAGGAUCCCCCUCAGGGAAUGAAGCAGCAAAUAACCCAGAAAUCAUGGGCGAUGGUUGCUAGAACGAUGGAAAAGGGGUAUGGCCUCUCCUUUAUACCUCCAACUAUUGUUGAUGGCAAACAUGUUGUUAGAAUAUCUGAUCAUAUAUUGGAAGAAGCUAAUCCGAAAUGGAAAGAAUGUAUCGUUGGAUACUUUGUGGGGAAAAAACUCCCCUUCAAGUUGACAGAAACAGCAAUCAAAAAUGUCUGGGGGUCAAAUGUUAUUGAAGUCUUAGCUAAUCCUGAUGGUUUCUUUUUUUUCCACAUUCCGGACGAAUUCUAUCGUCGGAAAAUUCUGGAUGGGGGGCCUAUAACCAUUCUCAGAGUCCCCAUGAUGUUACAGCAAUGGCAUCCUACUCUGAAACUAGUGAAAGACCAGCAUAAGUCUCUUCCGGUUUGGGUGAAGUUGAGGGACAUGCCUGUCUCCCUCUGGUCAGCUACUGGUAUUAGUGCUGUUGCCAGUGCAAUCGGAAAACCUCUUCAUGUUGACCUUCAAACAGAGAAGAUGAAGAUGAUAUCAUACGUUAGAGUGUGCAUCGAAAUUAGUGCUACACAAAAUCUGGCUGACUCCAUUGACAUUUAUAUGAAUGAGGAAAUCUGGAAGAUCAAGGUUGAAUAUGAAUGGCGCCCAAUCUCGUGCACGACUUGUGGCAUCUUUGGGCACAAAUGUCCUCCCACAAGUGUGAUACCAUCUGGGCCUUCCACAGAGCCUAGUCCUCCUAUUAGUGCUGAUAAAGCCCCUCACAACGCUGAUUCAUGGCAGACGGUGAGAAACAAAAAGGGCAUUCCCCGCAAUAUUUCAGUAAAUAAUGCCUCCCCUGAUAGUGGUGAUCUCUCGGUCCCCCUCCAGAUUUCUCAAAAAGGGGAUCGCCAAACCCACCAGGUCAAUGCAGGGACCUCUUUGGAAUCCUCACCGGAUUCCUCUGACUCGGAAGACCAGAUAGGUGAUCAUGGUAGCAAUGUUGGUGGUGAAUCUGAGGAUGAGUCUCCCUCCCCCCUCCCGACUAUAACUCAACGCAAAGCUCCAUUGAAUCAAGCCGAAGUGCCAGCUAGCCGUCCCUCUACUUCUGGAAUGGCCGACUCUUUGGCUGCAAUCUCGACGGAUGAUGCUGAUCUUGCUACCAAAGACCAUCCUGUGCCUGUUACUAGGGGCCCAGUUCAAGAGAGCAGUCCCACAACUGCUAAGGCGGCCAGCCGUAAACCAAAAAAACGGGCUGGCACUAAAAGGAGGGGUCUGGGCGACUCCAUUAAACAGGCAGAAAUAAGAGCCCUCGUUAGAGCUCACAAUUUAUCCUGUCUUGGCAUCCUUGAGACAAAGAUUAAUCCGACCCUUUUUGAAUCCCUCUCCAUUGGACUCGUGCCGGGCUGGGAGUGGAAGACCAAUAAUGAUCUUUCGCCGCGUGGUAGAAUAUGGAUUGGGUGGAAUCCGCAAGAAAUAGACCUCCAAGUCCUUUCUAGAACCACCCAAGUUAUCCAUGGUCGGGUUCGUUUGUUGGCACUAAAUAAGACUUGUCUGUUUUCGGUUGUUUAUGGAGAGCAUACUUUUGUGGCUCGCCGUGCUCUUUGGGCAGAUCUUGUGCUUUCAAGUAGUCUGUUUGAAAAUGAACCUUGGCUGGUUGCCGGGGAUUUUAAUGCUAUAAGGGACAACUCUGAUAGAAUGGGUAGUUCUAACGCAUGGUUGCCAGCCUUUGAUGAUUUCGGCAUUUGUUUGGACCAAGCUGGUCUUGAUGACCUGAGAUAUACUGGCCACCGGUUCUCUUGGUCAACUACAGUGGGAGUAAAUCGCAAGCAAAGGAAGAUUGAUAGGGUGCUGAUUAAUGCUAACUGGACCAGCUCGUUCUCUUAUUCCGAGGCAAACUUCUUGGCUUCCGGAGUUUCUGAUCACUCCCCGAUGAUCAUCAGAAUUGAACAUGCAGUCUCAUCGAGAAAGCCAUUCAAAUUCUUCAAUUUUUGGCUAUCUCACCAGGCUUUUCCGGAUAUUGUUAAGCAAGUGUGGGAGUCUCAGAUCACUGGAACUCCAAUGUUCCGGCUGUGCCAAAAACUCAGAAUUCUAAAAGGGAGACUGAAGCAGUUGAAUAGAGACUCGUUCUCUGACAUUUCGGCCCGCACAGCUCAAGCAAGAGAGAUGCUUACGUCCACCCAAGAUUCCUUAGCUUGUGAUCCUUCUAAUAUGGAUUUGGCGAACCUUGAAAAGGAGCAGCUUCUCAUCUUUUCCAAUCUACGUCUCCAGGAGGAAGCUUUUUACAAACAAAAAUCGAGGAUAAGAUGGCUGAAUGAUGGGGACUUGAACACCAAAUAUUUCCAUCAUUUCGUCAACAAGCGACAGCAUAGCAACCGUAUCCUCUCCGUCUCGGACUCUAAUGGUGUCCUCCUUUCAGACCCGACAUUAGUCCAUAACCAUAUUAUCUCGCAUUUUCAGACUCUAUUAUGCGCAAGAGAUUCUGAUGAUGCAAGAGAUUCUGAUGAUCGGCCUUCCUAUGCUGACAUCCAGCCUAUGGUAGCUCGUACUCUCAGUAGUGAACAAAUCAACCUGUUAUCCAAGGAGGUCUCGGAGUCCGAAAUUCGUAAGACUCUCUUCUCCCUUGCCAAAGGUAAGGCCCCGGGGCCGGAUGGGUACAAUGUUGACUUCUUUAUCUCCUCUUGGCAAGUCGUUGGGCCGUCGGUUAUAUUGGCUAUUAAGGAUUUUUUUCAGUCAGGCUGCAUGCUAAAGGAGAUCAAUGCCACUAUUAUUACACUUGUCCCCAAGGUUUCAAAUGCCACGGGAAUGAACGACUUUAGACCAAUUGCAUGCUGUAAUACAAUUUACAAGUGUAUAGCCAAAAUCCUGGCUAACCGAAUUGCUGCUGUGUUGCCGUCAAUUAUAAGUCCUCAGCAGAAUGCUUUUGUAAAGGGUAGGAGAAUAGGAGACAAUAUACUCCUCGCACAGGAGUUAUUUGCAGGCUUUCACCAUGAACCCUAUCUACCUAAGUGUGCCAUCAAAGUUGAUUUCCGUAAGGCUUAUGACACUCGUAGACUGGAAUUUUUGAAAUCGCUCGGAAGUCUUUGGGUUCCCUACGAUGAUCACGAAACUUGUUAUGGAAUGUGUCACUUCUCCUAA